AUGGCGUUCAAAUCAUUCAAAUGUAAGUUCUACUCGAAAGGAUACCAUUCUUCUGCCCAGAAACAGACAACGGCCUUCUUCGAAAGCUCAUACCAAUAUCUGCGCCGGAACCAAGGAGUGGUUAGCCAGGAGAGCCACAUUCCAUCAUCGCAUAAUGUCGUAGUCUCGCCAAAUCCCGUGGUGGUGGCAAACGUCAACUAUAAUACCCUCGAGCAUGUGCUGGAAACUGAAGCUGCAGAGGAGAAAGCCCACCGAACUGAAGGCGAGCUAAAUGGUAGUGAGCAAAGAUCUAGCAAGCAUGGCAGGCGAGCAAGUUUAAGUGGAGCAGGUGGAUCCGGCCAGGCUCGCGACCGCUAUAGAGCAUUCAACGCUGACUCUAUACCGCACUAUUCCAAUAACAGGCAUUUGGUAAUAAAUGAACGGCUCUCAAAGAGCUACUUUUCAACAACAGCAGUUGAGCCUUCGAACAUUCCAGGUCAAGAACAGAACUUAGUUACACCCUCCGCAACUGCCGAUCCUAAGGCCGUUUUAGAUGCUGACGCUUCAAACCCAGUAUCUGCGAACUCACAAGCUUCUCCCUGGGAACCUGAUACUGAGGAGACUCUGAACCCGGAGACUUUCCUUCAGACGCAGGUUGCGCACAUCAAGCACUGUUUUGCUGUAGGAGACUACAACAAGAUCAACGCACUAUAUCAAGCCUUAGUGAGGAACGAGAUCGUACCGCCAGUUGAAAUAUAUGCUACUGUGAUAGAAUCGGUCUGCAUGCGUGACCUCGAUAAUGAUAAUGUGGAUAAUCGCAUGUUUCAAUUGCUUAACUGUUACCAGGACUUAAUUAACAACAAGUUGAAGCCAACAGAAAAAAUUUACAGCUUGGUGAUAGGGAGCUUGUUGAAAGGAUCCAUAUUGGCUUAUGAAUCUGGAAACGGCAACGGUUGUGACUUUUACAAGAUAGCAGUUGACCUGUUUCGGGCCUCCAAUGCUCACAAAUCACAUGAAUUCCCCAAGGAGCUACUAGAUUGCUCUCUACUAGCGAUGAACUUAUACCCAGGGUACGUCGAGCUAGACUAUGUCAUCGAAGUGCUUAACAAUUCUAAACUUUAUGUUAGAGACACAUUCUACUACGUUUCCAUGAUGUCUUACGCCAAGCACCUCAAUAAUAACUUUGUGCUGAAAAAGCUUUAUGAUGAGUUUCGGAGUGCGUGCGUAGCCGAUGUGAACCUACAGAAUCACCAAUACGAGGUUUACAGUAUAAUGCUAUCAGGCUUAGUGGAAACUGGAGACAUGGCCUUAGCAGUCAAGCUAAUGGACAAAGUUUUGACUGAUGCAAAGGAAAAGGUGGGUCUUGCUUCGAACAUUAGCAUGGUACUGUCAAAUUUCCUUAUCUCUGUCAGCAAGAUGGACUGUCAAAAAGCAUACCAAUUAUGGUUAGAGUUUAAAAAGCUACAGUGGAUUCCUGAAUUUUCGUACAGUUUUUACAUGACGCUACUCUCGAAUAGCUUGGGAGACUGGCAACUCGCCAGAAAAAUUUAUGAUUACAUGCUCCCAAUGACAAGAGAACCUAAUAAACCUCCUGCCAGCCUAAUCGAGCGACUUUUACAACCCCUGGGCACAAACUCUUUGCUAAGCUCUUUUCUGGAUUACGCUUUACAGCUGAAUGACACUGAAGUUGUAAUGAAAGUGUUGGAGGAGUCAAUAGUAAAGAGAUUUGGCUUCGAAAUAGGAGUUUACCCAUACGUUUUCCAGUUCUUGAGGAACAUACGUUGUCCCGAUGAUUACUUGUUAAGAUUUAUCAACUUCCAUGGGCAGCUCUUAACAAAAGGCAACGAAAGAUUUGAGUUUCUGAAUGGCCUCAUCGAUAGCUUUCAGUCACAGGUGAUAUUAGCCAAGGUGACUGAGAUGAAGUUUUUCGCGGACUACUGCCGUAGCUUCAAUGUCGCUGAAAGCCGCAUGAUAAACCACAGUGGGAUCAUUGCAUGCUUCCAAAGCUUAUGGGGAUCUCCUCAAACUAUUGAAAGAUACAGCUAUAACAUCGAGCUUCAUGGAAUAAUGGUUUGCAAGCUCCACGACUUAGAAGGUUACUACGCUGUAAUGGAAAAUGAGUACUUGCUACAAUUCAAAGAUCGCUUGACAGAGCGUUUUGAGAAGUUAAUGAUCAAUUACAAAAGGCUAAACCUAGAUCCGAAUAUGAUAUCCGGAACUCCAGUUCAAGCUGCAAAGAUGAUUAGCAUGUCGGAGGAACUGAUAAAUUACUUUGCUCAUCCAGGCGAUUGGGACAAAUCAUACCCUUUAUGCUUGGGUUCAAUGCUUAGAAAUUCCUUUAGUACAGGACUCAAAGCUUACGAAAGGUUGAGCGACGAUGGAUUUUGUUUCGAUUACGAUACUUACAGAGAGCUUAUCAAACAAAAAGUGAACAACAGUGAAAUCAUCACAAAGGCUUUGGAUUUGUGCCCAGAUGAAGAAGAGGAGAGAUACUUGAGCAACUGCUUGGUAGUAAAAACGUACAGCAAAGAGCUCGAAGAUAAAGUUUUGAAACAUCCUCUUUUCAAGACAAAAAUUUUGCCCCACCUCAAGGAUUCCUUCUACGUUAGAUUGGCCAAGAAUACAUCUGAUUUUCAAUUCUUUAUCGAGCAAAUUGGAUUUCCUCAACGUUUUCGGAGCAUCGCUGAUCAAGUUGAGCAUAAAGAAAUUGUGAGUUAUAUUUAUGAGCGACUAUUCAAAGACAAGAGAUACGAUGAAGUUCUUGCAUCGAAUAACGUUUGUCCUGUUUUGAAUGUGGAGCUGCUCUUGAAAAGUUGCAUUCGAGCCGGGGAAUUUGGCCAAUACAAGACCAUAUUCAACAAGUUCAAGGAUAGUUUAGUGGAUGCGUCGCUUAACGUACAGGCUGAAUAUCUGAUAACAAACAAGAGAGUCGAUGAGGCAAUAAAGCUAAUAAGAGGGUCUUCCCAAAAAACUGAGCACAAAACCAAUGAUUUAUUAUCAUUUGCCUUGUUUUUGAAAAGCUUUAGCGAGCCGAUAAUGAAUUUUGAUUUGAUCGAAAAUACUCUCCAGUUAGCCAAUAUUUUGUCUUCUCAAGAUGCAUUUGCAUCAAUGGUGGCUUUCUAUCAAACAUUGAUGCAUGACUCGGCUUUCUUGCAUGGCGUCAAUAUGAAUCAAGCUAUGAGCUGUGAAAUUGUUCAACAGAUGCUGAACAACUUGGGUGACGCGGUUCAAUUUGUUGAUUUGGAAAACGAAAAUGUUAGAAAGAACUUUCAGCGUAAAAUAAACAACUACUUCAGGUUUAGAAUGUUUCUUAAACUUCCAAACUUAGAAGAAUGCACAGUUUUACGGAUAAUACAAAUUUACGCCAAAGUUCAGCCACAGGCUAUCGACGCCCUUUUCAACAACAUUGUUGAGACAAUUUACCUCAACCCGAAUACCAGGCUUCUUUACCUAAGAAACGACAUGGUGUUCAAUUUCAAGCCUCAACAGCUGGCAAGUGUCGUUCGGGAGAUCGAAGAUAUUUACAUCUCAAACAACGAGCUCGAAGACGCAGAGAAAGCAAAAACCUUUAACGGGGUGCUUGAAAAGCUAUAUUCACUAUAA